AUGGUCAACCUAUGUCUAAUCCUGCUAAUAUUACUUCCAACAUCAAUUCAAUUCCUUGACUCAAAUUUUAAAGAAUGGAAAGAAAAUCUUUCGAUUGUUCUAGGAGUUAUAGAUCUCGACCUUGCGUUAAGGGUUGACUCUUCUGCACCAGUUACUAAUUUGAGUACCUCUGAUCAAAAGAGGGAGUUUGAAACGUGGGAGAGAUCAAAUCGCAUGUGUAUGAUGAUUAUCAAAAGGGUCAUUCCUAAAGGAUUUAGGGGUACAAUGUCUGAUGACAUAACUACAUCUAAAGCUUUCUUUACGGAUAUUGAAAAAAGGUUUGUCAAAAAUGAAAAUGUUGAAGUUGGUACAAUUUUGACGAUCUUAAUUUCAAUGAGAUAUAAAGAUAAUGGUAAUAUAAGGGAGUACAUAAUGGAAAUGUCUUAUCUGGUUUCAAAAGUAAAGACACUGAACUUGGAAAUUUCUGAGGAUCUAAUAGGUUUUGAUAUCUCUUUCUGCAAGUUUUAA